AUGCAUGUCAAGAUUCAAUCGCCUCCACCACCACCACCUCCACCCCCACCGCCUCCGCCUCCACCACCGCCAUCCCCUCCCCCACCACCGCUACACCCACCAUCACCUCCACCACCUCCUCCGCCCCCUCCUCCACCACCACCUCCACCACUAUCACCCCCAUAUCCUCCACUAGCUCCUCCACUGUCACCUCCAUAUCCUCCACCUCCUCCUCCCAAGGCAGUAGCAACACCACUACCGCCACUACUUGUGAUUCUAACGUCUGUAUUGUCUUUGUAUCACCGCUACCACCACCUUCUCCGCCGCCACUUAAAGCUCCAGUGCCCUGUGCCCUAG